AUCCUCCAACUACAAUCACAUGUGAACAUUUCAUUUCUGUGUAAUUUUCUAUCAACUUAUGGAGGGAAAGGACUGGAACUGUUGAGCAGUGAGCGAAAAUUUUCAUAAAAGUGUAGAGCUCUGCAGCCAGUCAGGUUGUGUUGAUAAGACUUUAUGAGGUGGUUGGUAGCUGCUGCUGUUGUGACAGAAAGACAGUUAUCAAAUGAUGAAAAGCAGCAAUGGCUCAUCUCACACUUCUCCUUUUGCUGUGGGUUGGUGUCACAGUGAGCACAGUGGUGGAUCUGCAGAGGAUUAUUAUUGGAGGUAACCCAUGUGAGCGUCAGUAUCACGUCAAACUAAGAGUUCCUGCUGGUCCAUCUUUCAUCUUGUGUGGUGGCUCUCUGAUCAGUGACCGGUGGAUUUUAACUGCAGCUCAGUGUUUGAAGCCAGGAAGGACUAUGUAUGCAGAUUUAAGUGUGCAUCCAGGGGGUCAAGUACAAGAAGUGGAAAUAACAGCAGAGCCUGUGAUCUAUACAGACAACACCAGUAAGAGGUCCCAUGAUAUCAUGCUGCUGCAGCUACAGAGUCCCACUGACAUUCAGCCUAUAGCUCUUCCAGACUGUGCAGAUCGUCCUCAAAUAGUUGAGAUCGCAGGUCAUGGUGCCACAGCUGGAGGCCCCAAUGAUGAAAGGAAACCUGGUAACUCACCUACUCUUCACUGUGCAGACGUUGAAGUUGUCGACUGUGAAGACCUCAAAAAUACUUUGCAGGAACACUUCCCAAAGGCCUACCAAGUCAAGGUGUAUCAGCACUGGUUCUGUGGCCAAACAGCAAACGUGGACAUAUGUUACGGAGAUUCUGGUGGAGGAGCAGUGUACAAAGACAAGAUUUACGGCGUCAUUUCUUUCCUCGGUGACCCUGACCAUGUUUGUAGAGAACCAGCUGCAUUCAUGGACCUCUGCAAUCCAGAUUACACCACAUGGAUCAAUCAAACUAUCACCUGACAAGGAAAGACGUCUACAGUACGAUGUGGUUAACUGUAGAGAUUCUUUCACAAUAAAAGCUUAA